AUGUGUUGCUGGACAAAAUUUUCAAUAUUUUGGAUGCCUUUGUUCCUUCUAUUUGGCUUCAUUGUAGAAACUCAGUCAGAAAGCCCCCCACCCCAGGACAGCAGUAGUACUUGGAGUUCAGGUCAUCUGACAGAUAUACUUCGAGUUCUCUCUGCCGGUGACCACUCACCCAGCCUGAACCACUCAAGAAACCUCAUGAAAACACUGCUGGAGAAAACUGGGUGUCCAAAGAAGGCAAAAGGAAUGCAAGAAGACUGCAAUCUGUGCUUUGAACCAGAUGCUCUGUUACUAAUAGCUGGAGGAGAUUUUGAAGAUCAGCUCAGAGAGGAAGUGUUCCAGAGAGUGUCUCUUCUCCUCCUCUACUACAUUAUUCAUCAGGAAGAAAUCUGCUCUUCAAAGCUCAACAUGAGUAAUAAAGAGUAUAAAUUUUACCUACACAGCCUACUCAGCCUCAGGCAGAAUGAAGACUCCUAUUUCCUUUCAAAGAAUGAAACAGAAGAUAUUUUGGCUUUUACCAGGCAAUACUUUAACACUUCGAGGAGCCAGUGCAUGCAAACCAAAAUGCUGCAGGAGAUAUCUGGAAUACUAAACAGUGACGGUGCUGAUGAAAACACACUCCCUCAGUUGGCUGCAACAAUCAUUGCUUUGUCCCUCCAAAAUGUUUGUCUGGGACAAAUAAACUUGCCUUCCUCAGACUAUUUUACAGAAUAUAUUUUCAGUUCCUUGAAUAGGACAAGUACUCUCCACUUAUCAGAACUAGACCAACUACUCAACAUUCUCUGGACCAAACGUACGUGUUACAAAAGGGACAAAGUCUACCAACUUCAGAGUAAACAAAACAGCAUAUCAUUCCAUAAUCAGGGCUACUUUAAUCUACCUGUAUCCAUGGACAAAGAGUCAGAAGUGGAUCCAAUUUCCUGGGAUCAGACUUGCUUCUCUGCAGGGCAACUGGUGGAGAUAUUUUUACCUAACAGCCAAUCACCCAUUUCUAAGGAGAUCUUUAUGCAAAUGAGUCCAGCCAUCAUCCAGCAACUUCUCAGCUGUUCUUGCCAGCUGGCCCAGGAUCAACACGUAAAGCCGCCACUCACCACUUUGGAGAAAUAUGGCUACAGCACAGUGGCUGUGACACUCCUCACACUGGGCUCCAUGCUUGGAACAACACUGAUCCUUUUUAACAACUGUCAAGAGAACUAUAGGCUUAUUCUACAGCUGUUUGUGGGCUUGGCUGUUGGGACACUUUCUGGGGAUGCCCUGCUACACCUUAUUCCUCAGAUUCUGGGUUUAUAUAAGCAAGAAGCCUCAGAAUUUGGACAUUUCCAUGAAAACAGUCAUAUUUGGAAAUUGUUGGGAUUAAUUGGAGGCAUCCAUGGCUUCUUCUUAAUAGAAAAAUGUUUUGUUCUUCUUGUAUCACCAAAUGUCAAGGACUCUUCUUUGGUUAAUGGACAUGUGGGGCAGUCCCAUCAUCUUGCACUGGACUCUGAGUUAAGUGACCAGUCUGGCAGAAACCAAUCUACUUCAACUAUCAAGUUGAAAAGCCCAGAAGAUUCACAGGCAACUGAAAUUCCAGUAGGCAUUAUGGCAGCCUUCACCAGAAAAUGCAACACCAUUAGCUUGUUAGCAAUGAUGAUACUGGUUGGAGAUAGCCUGCAUAAUUUUGCAGAUGGUCUAAUGAUAGGAGCAGCCUUCUCAUCAUCAUCAGAGUCGGGAGUGACCACAACAAUUUCUAUCUUGUGUCACGAAAUUCCACAUGAAAUGGGUGACUUUGCUGUGCUCUUAAAUUCUGGCCUCUCUGUUAAGAUUGCCAUUCUGAUGAAUUUUAUAAGUGCUCUAACAGCCUUCUUAGGACUUUACAUUGGCCUUUCAGUAUCGACUGAUGCAUGCGUUCAAAACUGGAUCUUAACGGUUACUGCUGGGAUGUUCUUAUAUUUAUCCUUGGUGGAGAUGCUUCCUGAAAUGACUCAUGUUCAAACACAGCGACCGUGGUUGAUGUUUCUCCUGCAAAACCUUGGAUUGAUCCUAGGUUGGCUCUCUCUCUUACUGUUGGCUAUAUAUGAACAAAAUAUUAGCAUAUAG